GGGAAACAUACGGGAAGCAAGAUCUCCCCAAAGGUGUGGAGGAAAAUAAAAAGCAUUUUCGAGCCUUAUCUUGGCUCAGCUUCUCAUUAUAUUGCUGCAGGAUUGUGCACCUGCGUCGAGCCCAUUAAUUAUCUGAUUUAUUUGUUGGGCUGAAUCUCAAAACUAUUUCCCAAUGUCCUCUAUGAUUACCACCUCCGCUUGGGUGCGGCGCGGCGUCGCAGCCCAGUUUCCGACCAAGUAUGAAAUUGAUGAGAAGGAGAUGGAUCGCAUAUCAAAACUUGCGCGAAUGCAGCUUGAAGAUGCACGCGAGGAUUUGAGCGCGGCGCAGGGUAAUGGCCCUGUUGUGGACAAAGAUGAGGAUGCUAUGGAGGAGGACAAUGUAGAGAAGGACAACAAGAAGGAUGCUCCUGUGAAGAUUGACGAUGACGACCUGAAAGAAUAUGACCUCGAGCACUACGAUAGCGACGAGGUGGAUGAGGAUGGCGAGAAGAUUACCAUGUUCGGCAACGUAAAGUCGCUUGCAUACCAUCAACCCAAUGAGGAGGAUCCCUACCUGGUUGUUCCUGAGGAUGAGGAGGACGAAGAGCGUGAGGAACUACAGAUUCUUCCAACGGAUAACUUGCUGCUGGCGGGUAAGGUCGAGGACGAGGUAGCCCACCUCGAGGUUUAUGUCUAUGAGGACGAGGCGGACAAUCUCUACGUUCACCACGAUAUCAUGCUACCGGCUAUCCCGCUGUGCUUGGAAUGGUUGGACUUCCCCGUUGGAAAAUCCGGCGAGAACGGCGGCGCGACAGGCAAUUUCGUCGCUGUUGGAACGAUGGAGCCCGAUAUCGAAGUUUGGGAUCUAGAUGUCGUUGACUCGAUGUACCCAAAUGCCAUCCUUGGCCAGGGCGGCGCAGAUGCAGAUACCGACGCCAAGAAGCCCAGGAAGAAGAAGAAGGUCAAGGCGAACGACGAGUUUCACGUUGACUCUGUCCUUGCCCUCGCUGCGAACAGACAACAUCGCAACCUCCUGGCCUCCGGAUCCGCGGACCGCACCGUUAAGCUCUGGGACUUAAACACAGCCAAGAGCGCCAAGUCAUACACUCACCACACAGACAAGGUCUGCUCCUUGGACUGGCACCCUAAGGAAUCUACCGUCCUCCUCACUGGUAGCUACGACCGAACAAUCGUCGCCGCGGACAUGCGCGCCCCUGACUCCAAAGCUCGCUGGGGCGUCGAUGCCGAUGUCGAAAAUGUGCGCUGGGACAUCCACGAUCCCAACUACUUUUAUGCCACUACCGACGCCGGUAUGGUUUACCGCUACGAUAUCCGUAACGUCCCCGCCACCCCCAAGGACUCUAAGCCUGUCUGGUCUUUGCAGGCCCACGACUCCUCCGUAUCUUCCUUCGACAUCAAUCCCGCCAUCCCCGGAUUCCUUGCAACCGGCUCUACAGACAAACAAGUUAAGCUGUGGAACGUGGAGAACGACAAGCCGAGCAUGGUCGUCUCGCGGAAACUCGAGGUCGGCAAGGUCUUCUCGACGACCUUCGCGCCGGACGCAGAAGUCGGCUUCCGGUUGGCUGUGGCUGGAAGCAAGGGCACUGUCCAGAUCUGGGAUACAUCUACUAAUGCUGCUGUUCGGAGGGCAUUUGUGUCUCGGCUGCCGUCGCUUCAAGGAGAGGUGCAGGAGCGUAUGGUUGGUAUGCAGCCUGAUCAGGAUGAGUCGGAUGAUGAUGGUGCACCGGAGACUGGCGCGGCUGGUGGUGCGGAUGGUUGGGAGUCGAUGGACGAGGAUUAGAUGCGAGGCUUGCCUAUGUCUAAAGAUGAGCAUGGCUUACUGAGGCGACGGCUGUUUUUUUGAUAGUUUCUACUCCGUCCAUAUAUAGCGCGUCUUCGUAACUGUCAUAGCUUUCAUCCGCUUUUAAUGAAAAGUUAGAUACCCACAUCAG